AUGGUCUCCACUACCAUACAAGACCGAACGAACGAAUUCCGCACAAUCCUCACCCAGGUCCAAAAGCGACAGUCCGCGACCAAAGGAGGCCCUCAGCGGCAGUCUCUCCUGACUGAAGCGCAAAAGCACGAAGCCAAUGGCACUCCCAACGGCCCCUCAAGGAGUGCAAGGUCUGAGUUUGCUCGCAAUGCAGCCCAGAUUAGUCGUGGCAUCACGGCCACGAUGGGGAAGUUGGAACGGUUGGCGCAACUUGCUAAGAGAAAGGCCAUCUUUGACGACCGACCUGUCGAAAUAUCCGAGCUCACUUACGUUAUCAAACAAGAUCUGGCGAACCUGAACUCUCAGAUCUCGGGAUUGCAACAUCUCACUCAAUCCCAGCAUCCCACAGCGUUUCAAGCACGAUCAGCAGAUCAAGAAGGCCAACAUAAUAAGAAUGUGGUGUUGAUGCUACAAAACAAAGUCACCGACGUGGCUGCCAACUUCAAAGAUGUGUUGGAAGUUCGGACGAAGAACAUCCAGGCCUCCAGGUCCCGGACGGAGAAUUUUGUAUCCUCUGUGUCUGCACGUUCACAAAGCCAUCUCGAUGACUCGAGAUCCGAAUCACCGCUGUAUCAGAACACCGCCAGUCGCCAAAGGUCUCCGCAAAUAUCCACGAAUGAUCUGCUGACGUUGGAGCCCUCGAAUACAUCCACGCUGAUGAAAAGCGGAGGGCCUUCGGAUCACCAAUUAUUACUCAUGGAAGAGGCGCAACCAGCAAACAUGUAUAUUCAAGAGCGCGGCCAGGCCAUUGAAGCAAUCGAGCGGACGAUCAACGAGCUUGGAAGUAUUUUCGGUCAGCUUGCAAGUAUGGUCUCGGAGCAAGGGGAAAUGCUACAACGAAUAGACGCCAAUACCGAGGAUGUGGUAGACAACGUUCAAGGAGCACAACGGGAACUGUUAAAAUAUUGGAAUCGGGUCCAAGGAAACCGGUGGCUCGUGGCGAAAAUGUUUGGUGUGCUCAUGAUAUUCUUCCUCCUUUGGGUGCUGAUAUCCGGCUGA